AUGUAUGAUGGUCUUACAGAUUUCUCUCAACGUAAAACUAUAUGGACAGCUGAACACAGAGUCACAGGAAUAGAAGUCCCCGCGACAAGACAUCAGGAAUUUGAAUAUAGUGUGGCCAAUAAAGAGAUGCGGAUAUUUUUAUUUCUUUUGGCUUUCGCAGUGGUAAGGGGCGAAUCUGCAGACACAUUUCCUGUCUGCAGAAAGCGCGUUUACUGCAACAGCGAGCUUCUCCAUCGAGUCCAAAUAAACAGGGUCUGUGAGUACUCAAAGGCGUUUGUAGACCUUCAUAUGAAUUACGACGAAAACAAAACAUUAGAUGACUUCGAGAAAUUACUCAACUCACAUAAUAACUAUCUGUCUAAAGAUCAGUUGAAAGAAUUUGUUGGCAAAUACUUCUCUGAAGAUAAUGGACUAGAAAAAUGGACGCCACCAGACUUCGACGGUAAUCCUAAAUUUUUAAACGCAAUAGAAGAUAAAAAAUUAAAAGAAUUUGCCAGAAACAUCCACAAGUUAUGGACGCAUUUAGGAAAAAAAGUAAAAGUCGAUGUUUUUAAGAAUCCAGAUCGUUAUAGUUUAAUUCCUGUCUCUCAUGGAUUUUUCAUUCCCGGAGGUAGGUUUACAGAGAUGUUUUACUGGGACACUUAUUGGGUCGUCAAAGGCCUGCUCAUAGCUGGAAUGCAAGAAACCACAAAAGGAAUACUUGAGAAUUUUUUCGAACUAGUAGAUCAGUUAGGUUACGUACCCAUGGCAAGCAGGUGGUAUCAUGAAAAACAAAGUCAGCCGCCAUUGUUGACGGAGAUGGUAGCUGCGUACUACAAAGAUACUAACGAUAAAGAAUUUCUCAGAAAUAAUAUUGCAUACUUGGAAAAGGAAAUCGAUUUUUGGUUAAGUAAUCGAUCGGUUGACACAGAAAAAGACGGGAAACAUUACAAGGUACAUCGAUAUUUCGUUUCUAUUGGACGCCCGCGUCCCUUCUAUUAUUAUACAGAUAUCGAGCUGAUAGAAAGUUUUACAAACCAAACUGACAUACUUAAAGGCAUUUGGAGUGCAGUUGAGAGUGGUUGGGACUUCUCAUCGCGGUGGUUUGCCGAUCCUGAAGAAACUGAAAGAGAAAACCCUAGAAUAGACAUUCGAACAAUGUUCAUUAGCCCUGUCGACUUAAACGCAAUCAUCGCUAGUGCUCUGCAGCACAUGGCAAACUUUCACACUGAUUUGAUGAAUGUGGACAAGGCUAACACAUACGCACAAUUAGCACAACAAUUGAGAGACACCAUCGAGUCAGUGUUCUGGAAUGAAGAAGACGGAGUGUGGUACGACUAUGACCUGAACUUGCAAUCGCAACGGAAGUAUUUUUACCUGUCAAAUUUUUCUCCGCUGUGGCUGUCAGCCGUAAGAUCAGAUUUUGUGAAAGCUAAAGGAGAGAAGAUUUUGAACUAUCUUAUUGAUUCCGGUGCUUUGGAAUAUCCUGGGGGGGUGCCCAUUUCCAUGGUAAAUUCUGGAGAACAAUGGGACUUUCCUAACACUAGCCCUCCAUUUAUUAGUGUCUUGGUAAACGCUCUAGAGUCCAUCGGAACUGAAAAGGCAAAAGAACUGGCUCUUCAAAUUGCGGAAAAGUAUGUUAGGGCUUCUCAUGUGAGCUUUAUAAAUUACGGAAAUUUGUGUGAAAAGUAUGAUGUAAAUGAAUUUGGUAAAUGUGGUGAAGGUGGUGAACGCCCAACGCAGAUUGGUUUUGGCUGGUCCAUUGGUGUAGUGUUAGAGUUUUUAAUGAAAUACAAAAAGAUGACUGCAGCACCCUUAGAUGAUCAAUUGACCACCACUAUUUCCCAAUAUAGCGAAAGCCCAAAUAACAGCGUAGGAAUACGAUUUGGAAUGCGGAUAUUCUUCUGUCUUUUGGCGGCCGCAGUAAUAAUCGGCGACUCCACAGACAUUGUUCCUGUCUGCAGAAAACGCGUUUACUGCAACAGCGAGCUUCUCCACCGAGUCCAAAUAAACAGGGUCUGUGAGUACUCAAAGGCGUUCGUAGACCUUCAUAUGAAUUACGACGAAAACAAAACAUUAGAUGACUUCGAGAAAUUACUCAACUCACAUAAUAACUAUCUGUCUAAAGAUCAAUUGUCAAAAUUUGUUAAUGAAUACUUCUCAAGAGACAAUGGAUUAGAAAAGUGGAUGCCACCAGACUUCAACAGUAGUCCGGAAUACUUGAGUACUAUAAAAGAUAAAGCUUUAAGAGAAUUUGCCAGAGGCAUACACAACCUAUGGACUCAUUUAGGCAAAAAAGUAAAAGAUGAUGUUUUUCAAAAUCCUGAUCGUUAUAGUUUAAUUCCUGUCUCUCAUGGAUUUUUUAUUCCCGGAGGACAGUACACAGAGAUGUUUUACUGGGAUUCUAACUGGAUCAUCAAAGGUCUGCUUAUAAGUGGUAUGCAAGAAUCUGCAAAAGGAAUGAUUGAGAUUUUUUUCGAACUAGUCGAUAGGUUAGGGCGUGUUCCCGCCGGGAACAGAUGGUAUUAUGAAAGGCAAGGUCAGCCUCCAUUGUUGACGGAAAUGGUAGCAGCUUACUAUAAACACACUAACGAUAAAGAGUUUCUUAGGAGCAGUAUUGUAUACUUAGAAAAAGAAAUCGAUUUUUGGUUAAAUAAUCGAUCAGUUGAUAUCGAAAAGGACGGUAAACGUUACAAGGUACUUCGAUAUUUCGUUUCACUUGCACAUCCACGACCCUACUCGUAUUAUAAAGAUAUCGAGCUGGCAGACGACUUAAGUGGACAAGAUCUCGUAUUAUACCAUAAUGGACUUUGGAGUGCAGUCGAAAGUGGUUGGGACUUCUCAUCGCGGUGGUUUAAAGAUCCUGAAGAAACUGAUAGAGAAAACCCCAGAAUAGACAUUCAGACAAUGUCCAUCAGCCCUGUCGACUUAAACGCAAUCAUCGCUAGUGCUCUGCAGCACAUGGCAAACUUUCACACUGAUUUGAUGAAUGUGGACAAGGCUAACACAUACGUACAAUUAGCACAACAAUUGAGAGACACCAUCGAGUCAGUGUUCUGGAAUGAAGAAGACGGAGUGUGGUACGACUAUGACCUGAACUUGGAAUCGCAACGGAAGUAUUUUUACCUGUCAAAUUUUUCUCCGCUGUGGCUGUCAGCCGUAGGAUCAGAUUUUGUGAAAGCUAAAGGAGAGAAGAUUUUGAACUAUCUUAUUGAUUCCGGUGCUUUGGAAUAUCCUGGCGGUGUGCCAAUUUCCAUGAUAGAUUCAGGAGAACAAUGGGACUUUCCUAAUACAUACCCUCCUUAUACUAGCAUUUUGGUAAACGCUCUAGAUUCCAUCGGAACUGAAAAUGGAAAAGAAUUAGCUUUAAAAAUUGCGGAAACGUAUGUUAGAGCCUGUUACGUGGGCUUUAUGAAGUACAAAUAUUUGUGUGAGAACUACAAUGUAAAUAGAACGGGUGAAUGUGGUGGAGGUGGUGAACGCCCAACGCAGUUUGGUUACGGCUGGUCCAUUAGUGUAGCGUUAGAGUUUUUAAUGAAGUAUAAAAAUAUGACUGUAGGCCAUUUAGAUGAUUCAGUGACUACCACUCCCUUUCCCCAAUAUAGCGAAAGCCCUAACAACAAUAGCGUAGGAACUGGAUUUGGAGUAAACAACUUCAUUUUAAUUAUUGUGGCAAUAUUGAUUUCUUUUUAA